ACUGACACGGCUCUGAACACAUACACUUUCAACAUGAAUUCCACACAGACGUCCGCUUCAGAGGCUUCUGAGGACUUUAAUGCUGGUAGUGUGGCAGUUUGUGUGAUUUUGGGCCUCUCUUUCCUGAUAGGGGCUCCAGGGAACCUGAUGGUGAUCUGGACUAUUCUCAGACAUGUCAAACAGUGCCUCCACAAUGUGGUGCUCAUCCUGCACUUGGCCUUUGCUGACCUGUUGGCCAUCAUCACGCUGCCUCUAUGGAUCUACUCCAUUGCAACUUCCUGGCAACUGGGACAUAUUGCCUGUAAGACUCUGGUGUACACUGUGAGUUGUUGCAUGUUCAGCAGCAUCUUCCUCAUCACCCUUAUGAGCGUGGGGCAUUUUCUAGCCAUCUGUCAUCCACUUGUGAUGAUGCGCUUGAACACCAGGAUUAUGAGCAGGUGUCUUACACUUCUGUGGAUACUUGCUGUUCUUCUUGCAGCACCUGCUUUACUAAUUGAUGAAACUGACUGUUUUUCCUGGGGAUACAACUCUUCAACUAACAUGAUCGUCUUCUCCUGUUUGGAGAUCUUUUUUGGCUUUAUAGUUCCUCUUCUCAUUCUGGGUUUCUGUUACUGUCGAGUGGCUGCCCAGCUCAGAAAAAUUAACUAUAACUCAAAACAGAAAUCAAUGGUUCUUAUUCUGUGUGUGACAAUAACUUUUACCUUGUGCUGGUUGCCUCAUCAUAUCAUUAGCAUUGCCACUCUGAACUGCAUCUUACAGGAAGGUACAACAUAUGGGUGUGUGCCCAAGAGUGUUGUCCUAAGUUCUGGUGCUCUUCUUCUCCUUAGCAGUUCAGUAAACCCAGUUGCAUACAUGUUCUUUGGGAGGAAUUUACAAGGGAGUUCUGAGGACUCAAAACUGGUGCGACUAUUUAAGGAAAUGGCAACUCAGACCAACAGACUGGUAGAGCAACAGCAGACCGCCAGAGGGCAGCAAAUACCCAGGUUGAGCUGAUGUUUGACUGUAUGAAACUUUUUUUUUUUUAAUCACAAAUUCUGGCAGUAGAGAAUUGCAUUGGAAGCAAUCGUAAUUUCUUAAAUCUAUUAAAUGAACGAGCAUAAAAAGUGUGUAUAUUGAAAGUUAAUACUUGUACAUUUGUAAUAUUUGCAAAUCACAUACCAUACUCCUUCAUUUUAUAUAUUUGUAAACAAAUGUAGGCUGGUAAUUUUGACCUUUAUGUUUUCUGACUUUGCAUUUUUCU